GGUAUUUCCAAUCAAGUUGGAAAACUAAACGCAUCAGAGACACGUCAAGGAUGGAAUUGCAACAGCGGAUGUGAGGCGCCACAACAUUGUACACUGCCCCGUUGCACCAAUGUGGUAUUUCCGCAAACGUUUAGUGGAUCUGGAACCGUAAGUAAACCCUAAGCAAUUAAAACUUAUAGUCUAAUCUUCAGGGUUCGGGGUAACUUUCUUUUGUAAGUGAACCACAUUAAGCUUCUUUAAAAAUCUAAUGUUCUUGAAAAAUUUUGAUUUGCCAAAGUACUUGUGGUUUUCUGAUGCUUUGGUGCACAUAGGUAUGCUUAAGUGCUUCUAAUCCCUAGGAUGCGUGUGUUUUUGAACAAAACGAAUACAAAAAGCCGGAAGAUUCUGACGAUAAAUAUAGAAGGUCUCUAUUCCAUGAAAUGGGAAUUGGGGGGUAAAAUGUGAGAGUGUUUGGAGGGGGGACGAAAGGGAGGCAUUCUCGCGCCUUCAGUCACGCCAAGGUCACGCGUGUUUCGCGCGUUUCGCUCGACGGAUUAGGAAAAAAAGAGAGACUGCUCAUAGUCUAGGGUGGACUUGUCACCUGAUAAAUUUUCAUUGAUGCCUGUCUUUACCUAACGCAUUUCAGGUUCGAGUUUUUGUGUCAUUAAGCCAUGAAGAUCAGUCUUCAGUUGUUCAUUCCCCUUCCGCCGUGUGGGCAGAGUCCGUUAGUACAGCUGCAUUUCAGUUAUGCUCGCGUGCGACAGGUUCUAUAAACGACACUGGAAUUAUCAACUGGGUAGCGUUUCAGGACAAACCUAUGUUAACGCAUGGAAGCGUUACUUUUAGCGGAAUAUGGACAACAGAAACUAAGUGUGAGAAGGUGGCCUUUUCUCAGGUCAGAUAACAAUAAUUGAUAACAAGUAUAUAAUUUUGUUACAAAGGUGUAAAACGCAAUUAAAUAGUAGAAACAAAUGAAAUAGUAUCAGAAAGUAGUUCUAAAACAAGUGAUCACUAAUUAAUAUCCGGAAUUUGCUCUUCAUAGCAGAGUUCACUGCUAAAAGUCUUUUUUUAAAGCUUUCACUCGGGCUUAGUUUCAAACUUUUAAGCCUUUUUCACGUUUUACUUUGGAGGUAGUGAUUGAAUAAUGCGUGACCGUUUUGAAUGUAUUGAUGUGUUAAAGGGAAUUUGGAAAAUAGAAGUCUAUUUAUUUAAUGAUAUUAAAUUUUAGCAUUAAACUUAACAAAGUUGGCCGAAAAGAAACAUUGUUGUUUGCAACUUUAUUUAAGUAAUUGGACAAAUAAGAUGCUUUCACCAACCUUUUCAACACUUCGUAGAAAGAGGUGAAAAUUAAGGGUUGAAUAUUGAGCCAAUGUGAAUAGACAAGUAGAUUUGAUUAAUCUGCUCCCCUUAGCCUUUGAUAAAUCCUUAAUUUAAUCUAAGUGCCGCUAAGUACUUCAUGGAUACGUUCCUGCUGAUUUAUCUCUCGAGAAACUUGUUUAUUUUUUAGGCAAUAUUUUUUGCCAACAUCUUUUUGCAGAGCUUUGCUUCCAAGCCUCGUGUAUAUGCCUCUGUUAAGUACACUCGCAGUACAAAGCCAAAUGACGCUAUGUACUUAUGGUUAGAGAACGUCAACUCUGGAGGAUUUGAAGUGUGCUUAAGGGAAUUCUUGCCCUUUGAUGGAAAACACCAAGAUGCAGUUGUAGUAAGUGAAGAAAAAUGUCCGAGUAAACUAUAGUAUUGAUGAAAACAAACAAACAAACAAACAAACUUGACUUUGCCACACUUCGGCAGCCCGGAAACCCAAUUACCCAAUUAAGGUAGUGUCGUGUCUCACGUGUCUCAUGCAGUCAUUUCUUGUUAAAGGAAAUGCGGUUCGAAACCUGACGCAACUCGUCUUGUAAAGAAAAGGGUAGCAAAUUGAAAUUUCUUGUCCGCAGGACUGGUUUGCAUUCACUGGAAAUGGGAGUCAACUUAAUUUCACAAUAACUGGGGAAGAAAUCUUUCCAAACAGUGGAAAUCCAUCGCCCAAAAACAACUACGGCUUCUGUCAGGUGAAAACUUUAGUUCUAACAAGAACAUUUAGCAGGCCAAAGAACGCUGAUUUUUUAGUGGUUAAGUUCACACUUAAGCAAACUUAAAAUACAUUAAACCCAAGCUUACUAGGCCAUGGUAAUCAACAUUGUAUCCAAAAUGGCAAUUCCCAGAUGAGCGCGACAUGUUUAUCUCGCGAUUUUGAUGAGCGCAUAUUUCGCGAUUCUUAAAUUUCGUGACUUUGCGAGAAUUUUAUUUUUCGAAUCUCUUCAAUUUCGCAUUGUAGACAGUGGGCGAAUAUUAGAAGUGGUGACUUUACAGAAGAUGGGCAAAAAUAGAAGGAGAAGUGAGCACGUUCAGAUCCUUUUACUAACUUCAAUUACUUUUUUUACCUAUUACAGGAAGUGCCUUUCAAUACGACCUUUUACAAAUCGCCAAUUGUGAUUCUUUCCGUAAAUCAUGAGUAUAAUCUUAAGGUCAAGGGAAGUCGUCCUCCAGAAAAUAACAUAAUAUCAGCCUGGCUAGAGGUAAGUUUGCCUUUUUAUUCUAACCUGAGAAAACAGCCCGCCCGACAUUUCGCGCGACGCCACGUACCACUAGUUUUCCCACAAAAUGAGGAAAACCCCGAAAACGCAAUUACUGGCUUUCCCGUGAAAAGACGUCUGUGGAACGACUGCAGAAAUUCCAUACUGAUGACAUGUACUUACCAGAUCAAGAUAGUGCUUCUGAUUGGUCAUGCUGCAAGAGAAAUUUUCUGCAUGCCCAGAUCUGCGUAUAUAGUGACACAUCAUCAGUGUGCAAUUUCUGCGCACGUUCCUCAGAUCAGACGUCUUUUCACGGAAAAGCCGGUAAUUGCGUCAUGAAACGGAGUUUUCCUCACUGGGUUAUAUUCUUGAUGGUCACUUAAGUUAAUGAUAAUGAACAGGGAUUUUUUCAGUGCUUUGCUACAUUAUUGUAUUCAAUUGUUUGCUUGAACUCUCACGACACCUUUGAGACCCAAAAGCCCAUAUCCCUUGUUCAAUCAGGGGAGAGAAGAGAUCCGUUUAUUCUAGUAAAUUUGUAAAAGGACUGUGAAAACUGUGAAAAAGCCAUAAGAAAAAAAUAAUUUGGAUCUGAUCCAUGAAUUUCAUAACUUAAAGGUAUCGUCGUAGAAAUCAAGAAGAAAUUAUGGAUUUUCUAGUAACUGAUGAGUGUUAUCUUAUUUUGCUGCAGGAAGUUGGAUUAGAAUCUAUGAAGGUCUGCGUUAAAGACCUCAGUGGAUUAGGAUCGAGUCAUGAUCCCUUGAUUGUCAGCUACGCUGUUACUGGAGGUUGUUUAUAAUUUUCCUAUUGUAAUGAUCACUAUUUCUAGUAAGAACUAUUGUUAUUUUUAUUAUCAUUAUUACUAUUAUUUUUAUUGAUAUCUUUUAGAAUUUCUUAUAUGUAGGAAUAUAUUUAACAUAUUUUAUAUAAUUUUAUAAUUAAAGAAACACUGGAGUACAAACACUGAUUUACCUUAUUCAUGUUACACUCUAUCUUUGCACGAACUUUAAGAUUGAUCAUUGAUGGGAUAAGAGCAAUUAGAGGGCACACAAGUAAUAAAAUUGCCAAUACUAGUAAUCGAGUAAUCGCGGUCGGGCUUGUUUAUUCCCUCAAAAAUAAGACGACGAUUUUAGUCAUGCAAAAUGCAAAAUGUAAACUUUGACAAGUUUUACGUCACAAUUCCUUGCUGUGAAGAUUUCCACUGUCGCGUACUGUAUUCAAAAUCACUUCCACCCAUAUUUUGCGAUUUUCGUUUUUAAGGUCAAAACGUCUUAAUUUUCUAUUGUGUAGAUAAAACAAACUGGACUACAUUCUUGUAUUUACUGAUUUUAUCUCUUGCUUGCCCCCUGAGACACCACGUAACAUUGCUUUAAUUUAUUCCAUCAGUCCUUAAGCGCGUGCAGAGAUGGCGGGUAUCGUUAAUAAGGUCUACUAAGGAUAAAAAAAGAAAAAAAAACCUUAGUUGAGGUACCUACAAGCAAACAUGUUACUGCUACUGAACAGUAACUUAGUUUUAAUUGAAAUAUGAAAAAUAUAUUAGACAUUUAUGUUUUUUUCCAAAUGGAUAACUACUCAAUAUUAUGUUUCUUUUUUCUUGGUGCAGACCUUAAUCCUUGCCUUAAUGUGCAUUGCCCACGGUUUGGAGUCUGCAGGACCUACAGUGCGCAUGACGCUCGGUGUGAGUGCGAUGACCAAUGCCCUUCAUAUAAAGACCCAGUGUGCACUGCAAACGGAACAACUUACGACAACCGAUGCUGGCAUAAGUUAAGCUAUUGCAGAGGACUUGAAAAUAAUCUGGUUUAUCACCCUGGAAGCUGUGAAGGUAUAACGAAAAAUAAUGUCAGCGAUUCUUUUUGGCUGUAUAUGCCACAUAAAAUAGUCUGGGAGUUAAGCUCUCGAUUGCUUAGAAUUAUAGGUGUUGGCUCAAAAUUGAAUUGACUUCAAGCUAUGAUGUUUAUAACUUUUCGUUACUUUUAAGCUCACUUUUAGCUCCUCACGCAGGCUAAACAACGAUAGACAGCUGUAACAAGCUACUUCGUCUCUCUGCUUUGGCAAACAAACAUAUAGCAGCCCAGACUAUAGCCAAUGUUUGGUCUGUGUAAGAUCUUUUAUCUCAUUUGUCUUGCAAUUUAGUUUUUAUCACGUAAAAUUAGAUUACACAAAUUUGCUCGGGGCAAAUAUGGUGCAAAAAGUGGAAAAGAGGAGGAAAUCAAAGACAAAGGUAGUAAAUAUCGCAUUUACAUACCAGUUUACAUGGAGUUGCAUAAUUGAGGGGAAAUGCAGUAUUUACUAUCUUUGCCCUUGAUUUCAUCCUCUUUUGCACUUUUUUUUGCACCUUAUUAGCACUGAGUGAAUUUGCUGAAAAUUAAAUGUUUCCCGCAGCGACGCGCGUUCCCAAUAUACUGGCAUAUGUUUAUCUUUAUACUGGCACGCUGUUUUUAUCACCACCCUUCACCACUUAGAGUUGCACUACAACGCAAGCUAGGGAAGCUACCUAAGCGAUAAUGCUUAAAGAGCUCAGUGAUGCUUCCUUAUAAAGUACUUAAUUUAUUACAAAACAGGUUUUCCAAUUGUUCGGGGCCGUGUAGAUCUGCUACAGGUUCCAAAAUGGUCAGAUUCAAACUGUCAGACAGUCACAUUUCCUCCAUACCGGUUUUAUCCGGAUAAACAAGUUCAUGUUCAAAUAACCGUCAAUCACAUGAAGCUGAAUGACUCUGUGACAGUCCACGACGCUGUUACUUCAUGGACAGAAAGUAUCAACACAAAAAACUUCACCGUCUGUGUCAUGCAAACCGGGAGGAAAGAAGAAGGCGCGAAUCCAUUUGCCACCAUUGAUUGGGUGGCUUAUCAAGGAGCACCGCCCGAAGGAUUGACGGGAACGUUUGAGUUGCAGAAAUGGUGGUCUGGUACCAACUGCGCAGAUGUAACCUUUCCUACGGUGAGAUGGGAAUGUACAUAUUAAAUUAAAUAAUUGUUGCAAAUUCAAUUGAGGUCUCCAUGACGAAUGUUAGACUUUCAAUCAUGUGACAUCUUUAAUCCAUGUCUUGAAAAAAUAACAAAAAAAAAAACAAAGCAAAACAACAACAACAACAACAACACCAAAAACAGCAAAAAACAAAACAAAUAACUACUAAAUAAUUGGAAAAUUGAGUCUUGUGACCCUUAGCCAAAACAUGACAGAUUUAAUCACGACUUGUCUACGUAACAAAAGAAGAAAAACAUCAAGAGCGAAAACUGUGAAGGAGAGACCUCCUUAACAUCCAUUUCAACAAAAUGAAGCGCUAAUCUGAUAUAAAGAAGCAGCUUAUAACAACAACAACAAAAAAAAAACAACAACAACAACAAAAAAACACAAAAUAUUUGUUUAUCUAUUUGAAUUAACUGAAUGUGGAAAGACAAGAAUUCACUUCUUAAGUUAAAGAACAUAUUAAAACUUUCCUUGAACUAGAAGAAUGAGACACAAAGUUAACAAAAAAUAACCGAUCAUUACGAGGUAACUGGUGAGAUGAUUGCUAGAUCUUCUAAAAAGUUGUGACCGACUUAGCGACUUAGUUAACAAGACAACAUUAGGUAACAAGUAAGAAUGGGAACUUACUUAGUGGUUAGUUUCAAGUAAUUUUGCAGAAAUAUUAAAAAAAAAAGCUGUUUCGAUUAUUGUUAUUGCUUUUUCUUCAGGGCAAGUUUGCCGAGGCGCCAAUAGUCCUUGUGACGUCAGAGCACCUGAGGACUGGUAAAGAGUAUGAUGCUGCUCUCAUUUGGAUUGAAGACGUAACAAAGGACUCAGUUAAAGUCUGUCUUCGUGAAAUGCAAAACUUUGACGGUAGACACCAAGAUAUCACUGUGGUAAGUUCUUAGUCAGAUUUUAAAAAACUGGAACGCGACUGUCAAAUUGGUCUUCCUUGUCCCCAUGCCUCCCUUCACGCUCUUACGUGAUUCGCCUGUCUUAAAAAAUGUGGAUUUGCAUCCUUUUGUUCACUCUUUGCGCUCUUUGUUAGGUCACAACUUCAUAGAGUUCAAAAUACUUAGAUUCAAAGGGGCUUUUAUCAUUGGUCGUAUAGAUUACUGCAACAGCCUUCUAUUUGGUUUACCCUCUGUUCAUGUACUUAAACUGCAACACUUGCAGAAUGCAGCUGCUUGGCUUAUAUCUAAUGUCCCUCGCUACAGUCACAUAACACCGGAACUAUGUUCGUUACACUGGCUUCCUGUCAAAUUUCGUAUUGAUUUUAAAAUACUUCUUUUUACUUUUAAAGCUAUCUACGGUCAUGCGCCUGGUUACUUGAUCGAUUUGAUUGCUAUUAAAGAACAGCCGCGCUAUAAUCUCCGUUCAGCUAGCGGUCUUAUCUUAAAGUACCCUAGUUUAAAACUGAAAAAGACUUUAGGGGAUCGUGCUUUUUCAUCUGCUGCCCCUAAUUUAUGGAACAAUCUUCCCCUUCACAUUCGUCUUGAGGACAAUUUUGAACGUUUUAAAUCUUUACUUAAAACGCAUCUUUUUAGACUAGCUUUUGAUAUGUAAUUUUUUUUUAACCGACUAUGUAAUAUAUUUAGUGUUUUUUUAAAUCUUUAUUUUAAUUUUUAGCGUUGUUUAUUCUUAGCCUUAAUUAUUUUGCUCAUUUUAGCUUUUAUUUUCUUUAACAUUUACGUGUUGUCACGCGCUUUUGAUCAUAUUUGCAUGGAAAAGGCGCGUUAUAAAUUUUUAAUUAUUAUUAUUAUUAUUAUUUUUUAAAUUAUUAUUAUUACUAAAAAUGAUGAGGUUAUUUACAUUUUUUUGUUGGUGUAAUACGAUUUUCUGUCACAAGAUGGAUGGCAUCAAGACUUUUGUUUUUACCUCUUUUCACAGAACUGGUUUGCCUUUUCCAAACUGCACAAGCCUCUUUUCACUGAACAUGGUGUCAUAAGUUUUCCAAAUACGAACCCACCUUUGGAUAAAAUGAACAAUGCUUAUUGCCAGGUGAGAAAAGAAUUCUUUGCAAAAGCACCGAGUAGCAUGCUGUUCACAGCAUGUUCCCUCACAGAUAUAUUGCUUACUUUCAUCACUGUUUAUAUUUUCAAAACACUUUUAGUCAUAUCCACAUUACGCAAUAGAGAUCAAAGUGACUAGAAAAGUAAAGAAGCUGGUCCACUAAACAAUACUUUAAGACAAGAGCUCAAGAAGUACAGACCGAUAACGUCCCUCUUAACCAUCGACAAAGUGUUUGAGCAACUGCUCUGUAAACAGGUGACUGUGAAACUCGACCACAUCUUUUCUAGCCUAAGCACUGCUUACAGAAAGGGACACAGCUGUGAAACCACUCUACUACGUCUGAAUGAGGACUGGAAGCUAGCAAUAGACAGGAAAGAGCUAGUGUGUAUUCUAUCGACUGAUAUGAGUAAAACGUUUGACUCUCUCAGUCACUCGCCGACACUAACAAAGCUUGAAGCAUACGGUUUUGAGUCCUCAGCAUUGGACCUCACGCGAUCAUUCUUUAACAACCGCCAAAAUGUUCAACCCCCUGCUCUGGAACGUAUUUCAGAAUGACCUGCCCUGCUCCAUAACUACCGCUAAACUUUCGAUAUAUGUAGACGACCACCAGUUGUACACCUCAGGAACUAAUUUUACAGCUGUAAGGGAAGCCUUAGAGCAGGAAGAUCAACUUACCGCGUCUUUGUAUCGUGAUAAUUUUCUACUCCCAAAUCCUGACAAAUUCCAGGCGAUGAUCCUUUAUAAUAGAAAUAUUGACAUUGAAGGCUAA